GCCCAAGUAUACAAAUGAAUAUUCUGAUAAAUUACGAGCUUAAUUGUCUUCGUUAAGGGUACAGCAGCCUCCCCCGGCUCUCAUUACCCUUGACUGCAAUAACGUCCUGCUGGCAUUUCUAAUAUGACUUGUGUAUCCCAUUAUUGAGCUACUUUUGAUUUUUCGAUUGGAUCAUAGAUUUAACUGAUGCGGUACACUUACAUUUUCUCCAGUCAAGGGGGCGCUGUCUGCUUUGCCGUCUAAUCUGCGCGCUAAUUAAUCUGCGAGGCUGGAGAAAACGCGAAAGCGAGGAGGUUACGAAAUUGCCGCCAUUUUGGCUCAAGGUUGGGUGGCGCGCGACUCUUCAGCCGCUACGUUUAGAGCCAAGAUGGCGACGGAUUCGUAACCUUCUACACGCCAGUUGCCUUCACUCCAACUGAACGGCUUCAUUCUGCCGGAGCCCGGAGAUAUCGGAGUUAACAACAAGGAGACUUGGAUACGAAUCGAAAGGGGGAAAAAGAGCGGCUGUGAAGAAGCUGUGAGCGUUAUCGCCAAGGCUGCCCCGCUGCAGGGCUCGCCGCGAAGCGCUGGACGCCCGUGCCGGAGUCGCAUGAUGAAGAUGAGUGUUCCUCGGGUACCGGCACCACACGUUCAUGUGACUGGAAGGAGCGACUGCCCCUUGAGAAGCCCCCGUGCAUUUGCCUGUGACUGCUGAAUAGGACCUGUCGACAGGUCCGGACAGCACUCGGCAGGGUGGCGGUUCCUGACCCAUGGAGAAUUACUUCCAGGCAGAAGCCUUCAACCUGGACAAGGUGCUGGAUGAGUUCGAGCAGAAUGAAGAUGAGGCAGAUGCACCGACGCUGUCUGAUGCCAAGUGGACCCAGAUCCUGGCUCCUCCCUCCCACCUGCUGAGCUUCAGUCCCGCCCUGGCGCACGCCGACCUGAGUCCGCUCAACCUCAAGCCCCCCCCCGAGAGCCCGGGGGGGCCUGCGGGAGACCUCAGCAUGACCGGCAGCCCGGACACCGCCGCCGAUGAGCGGCCCCCGGCCCAGCCCAACAUUGGCAAGCUGGUAGGGGUCGACAGCCUGGAAAAUGGAGCUCCCCCCAGUCCUGCCCUCAAUGGCUGCGCCAAGGGCUCUCUAAGUGAUGAUGGGCCCCAUCAGGUGGAUGACCCCCCCUGUUGCGCUGGGAGCCCCCCGGCUGAUGAUGUGGGCCCCCCAGAGAGCGCAGAGUCCUACUUUAAAGACAGUUAUUUUUCUCUGGAAGAUGGAGGAGGCAGCGGCGACCUGCCGAGUGCCAGCGCGGAUCCAUCCGAGCCCCCUGAGCACAGCAGCAUCAUCGGAUCCCCGAAGGGGGAGCACAACCUCGAGGUUCCGGCCCAGCCCGAGGUCCACGCGGACCCCGAAGGUCAGCCGGAGAUGGUGACCAAUGGGGGGACUGCUGAGACUUCAGCAGCCAAUCAGAGUGAGGAACUGGAAGGGGAAUUCUCCACCUGUGCCGUCCCCAAUGGCCUGGAAGCCCCAGAGCCAGGCCCUAGAUGCCCCCGCGGACCCCCCUCCAAGGAGGAGUUUGUGACUGAGGAGAAGGAGGUGGAGGAGAGCAAGCAGGAGUGCUCAGAGCAGGCCCGUGGUCCAGAGACAGGGGCCACUCUGGGCAGGGAAGAUGGGCGCCAGCAGCCUGUCAGUGUGCCCUAUGGGGGGGCGCGGCCAAAGCAGCCCGCCGGCCUCAAGCUGCAGAUCCCGCGCUCGCUGCUGGGCCAUAACCAAUCUCAGAGCCAUCCACAGGACCAGCUGGGCCCCCAGGGCAAAAACAAGAACCAGGAUCCCCGGGGGCAGCCUGGGGAGGCGUCCUGCCCUCAUGGCUACGGGGAGCAACCCAGCCUGAAUGGAGAGAGGGCCUCCUCGGGCCCCUCAGGCCCCGUGAUGGCCCCGGAGAGUCCAGAUAAUGACAUACAGGCGGGACACUUGGGGGCACUGUCCAGAAAGCCCUUCAGCUCCCUGGGGGAGGUGGCCCCGGUGUGGGUGCCUGACUCCCAGGCCCCCGUCUGCAUGAAGUGUGAGGCAAAGUUCACGUUCACCAAGAGGAGGCACCACUGUCGAGCGUGCGGGAAGGUGUUCUGCGCAGCCUGCUGUAGCCUGAAGUGCCGGCUAAUGUACAUGGACCGGAAGGAGGCACGAGUCUGUGUCACCUGUCACUCGGCGCUGAUGACCGCUCAAUCGUGGGAGAAUGCGUCAGGUGGAAACGCACAGACCCCCAACCCCAACAACCCGGCCGAAUACUGCUCCACCGUGCCGCCACUGCAGCAGGCGCGGGCUUCGGGGGCCCUCAGCUCGCCACCGCCCACUGUCAUGGUACCCGUGGGCGUGCUGAAGCACCCGGGCACGGAGGGGAGCCUCCCACGGGAGCAGAGGAGGGUGUGGUUUGCAGAUGGGAUCCUGCCCAAUGGGGAGGUGGCUGACUCCACCAAGGUAGCUGUUACCAGCCCCCCCCCUUCCGGGCCUCUGCUGCUGUCUCAGGAUUCAGGCAAACCGGCCACAGCCGGCUCCUCGGAGGCCGUGCCACCACCGGCUGAGACGGCUCCCCCCGCCCCCUCCCAUGGCCUUGGAGCUCCUGUAGGAAGCCCAGUGGGCAGUUCAGUCAAUCUGAUUCCCGACGAUGGACUCCCUCCCAUCCUCAUCUCCACAGGCGUCAAAGGAGACUAUGCAGUGGAGGAGCGGCCUUCUGAGAUCCUCAUGAUGCAGCAGCUGGAGGAGGGGACGCUGGAUCCUCUGGUCUUUGUCCUCAACGCCAACCUGCUAGCCAUGGUCAAAUUGGUCAACUACGUAAACCGGAAGUGCUGGUGUGUGACGACAAAAGGGAUGCACGCCGUGGGCCAGGCGGAGGUGGUGGUUCUGCUGCAGUGCCUCCCUGAUGAGAAGAGCAUCCCCAGGGACAUUUUUAGCCACUUCGUGCAGCUCUACCGGGAAGCCCUGACAGGAAAUGUGGUGACUCACCUGGGCCACUCCUUCUUCACCCAGAGCUUCCUGGGCAGCCGGGAACAUGGCGGUUUCCUCUACAUCAGCCCCACCUUCCAGUCCCUGCAGGACCUGCUGCUGCCCAACCCACCCUACCUCUUUGGCAUCCUCAUCCAGAAAUGGGAGACACCCUGGGCCAAGGUCUUCCCCAUCCGGCUCAUGCUGCGUCUGGGCGCUGAAUACAGAUUCUACCCCUGUCCGCUGUUCAGCGUGCGAUUCCGGAAGCCUCUCUUUGGUGAGACGGGCCACACCAUCAUGAACUUGCUGGCGGAUUUCCGUAACUACCAGUACACCUUACCCGUGGUGACGGGGCUGGUGGUGGACUUGGAAGUGCGGAGAACCUGCAUCAAGAUCCCCAGCAAUCGCUACAAUGAGUUGAUGAAAGCCAUGAACAAGUCCAACGAGCACGUACUGGCCAUCGGCGCCUACUUCAACGAGCGAGCGGACUCCCACCUCGUCUGCGUGCAGAAUGACGACGGCAACUACCAGACACAGGCGAUCAGCAUUCACAACCAGCCCCGCAAAGUGACUGGCGCCUGUUUCUUCGUGUUCAGCGGAGCUCUCAAAGUCUCUUCAGGGUACCUGGCCAAAUCCAGCAUCGUGGAAGACGGCGUGAUGGUGCAGAUCACCGCGGAGACGAUGGAGGCGCUACGCCAGGCCUUGCGGGAGAUGAAGGACUUCACCAUCACCUGCGGGAAGGCCGACCAGCAGGAAAGCCAGGAGCACGUCUACAUCCAGUGGUUAGAGGACGACCGCAACUUCAACAAAGGGGUCAUCAGCCCCAUUGACGGGAGGUCCAUGGAGUCCAUCACCAGCGUCAAGAUCUUCCAUGGUUCAGAGUACAAGGCCAAUGGGAAGGUCAUCCGCUGGACUGAGGUGUUCUUCCUACAGAGUGAUGACCAGUCCAGCGGGCUCAGUGACCCAGCGGACCACAGCCGGCUGACGGAGAACAUGGCACGGGCCUUCUGUGUGGCCCUCUGUCCCCACCUCAAAUUGCUGAAGGAGGAUGGCCUGGCCAAGCUGGGCCUGCGUGUCACUCUGGACUCCGACCAGGUGGGAUACCUGGCAGGCAGCAACGGCCAGCCACUGCUGUCCCAGUACAUGAACGACCUGGACAGCGCACUAGUGCCCGUCAUCCACAGUGGGGCGUGUCAGAUCAGCGAGGGUCCUGUCGUCAUCGAACUUAUCUUCUACAUCCUGGAGAACAUCUCCUAAAGGGAUGAGCCCCCCUUGCCCACCUGCCCGUGUCCCUAGCCGCCUUCCUCAUCCCCCUCGCUGCCUACUGUACCUGCACCCUGUCCUCCACUGCAUCGUGAGCCUCUUCCCUUUCAGAAGGCAGCACCCUUGACUCUCCUGCUGGGCCUCAGGUCACCAUCCUACCCGCAUCGGGCUUCCACAACCCCACUGCUGGCUAAAGUUGGCACAUUGCACCCUGGGUAAUCACACCUAGGCUGUAGCGGCCAUGUGCUCACUGCCUGUCGGACUCGUGGGGUGGGGUGGGGGGGGGAGCUGCCUUGCUUGUGCUGCUGGGGAAUUCUUUCAGUUUGCAGAAAUACUGCAAGGGGGGCCGGGUGGGGGUGGCGGUCUGUUUGGUGUGAUGUUUUAUUUGCGUUGCGGUGCUCAGUGCCUGGGCUGCGAUUUCCUCAUGGAGAACUAUCAGCUUUAUUUCAUAAUCACAGUGUGUUUUAAUCAGCUCUGCAGCUGUGGAUGGAUGUCAGCCUCUGCUCACCUAAGGGUGGCGUUUUGGGGCACUGGAAGCCCCCCCUCUCUGCUGGGGCAUCUCGCAGUCGCUUCAUGGUGGGACAUGGGAACGGGAACUGGCUCUUAAAGUUUACGGCACACUAACUGUGAACCUUAAGAGAAACGCACGUAGUUCCGAAGAUGCAGUGGACUUUUAGAAGGACUGUCGAAGGAAUUAACGUUUCAAAGGGAAAAACGGAGCCGAUUAUGCGGCUUUGAUGCAUCCGGACCAUCCUGGAGGAGGGCGAGGCCCACCCUUUCUUCUAUGCUCAUCUCAUGACCGGUGCACUUUAACAGGUGACUCUUGCACCACCUGCUGGCGGUUUUUAGCAGCACUCACAGAGCAGUGUUGUGGCUCGCCUGCCACAAAAGGUGACGUUCGGAGCACAAGAAAGAUGUCAGUGUUAAGUAUUUUUGGGUGUAAGGUACCGGGUUACACAGGUUUAAUGUCUUGGGUGUGUAAUGGUCAGGUGUAGAUUAGCUUGGGCCUGGAAAAUGCUGUGUCUGCAUUUAGCAUCUGUGUGACUUUCAUUUCCAUGAAAAGGUUUAGCCGGUGUCAGACCUUCAUCUUCGUCUUAGCGGAGUGACCUUAGAUGAGGGGGGCGUGGGAGCCUCCCUUCCGUUCUGCCCCUGCUUUUUGUUGCUUUAGAUAUUACGUGGAUAACAAGCCAUCUUUUCUGGUUGAGGUUGCGGCUUUAUAAAGCAAGAUUCAGGUUAGGUGUUAAUUUUUGACGUCUGAGGACUGGCCCGUGGGCCUGAGCUCGCUUUCCCACUGGACAAUCAGGACCUGUCGGCAUGUGUUUGCCGCUCCAGCCCUGACUCACGUUGCUCCAGGUGUAAGCGGAGCACUGCUGUAGAGCGGGGAAGAUCCUCUGCUCUUUGAGGAGCAGAUUUGCCUCCCAGCCUGGGUGUGCUGUGGGAUAUUGUGGUUAAACGUUGAUCUGCAUGGUGACUGGGCCAGAUGCCAGAAGACCAUCUUUGGGCUGUUUACAGUCAGUUCAUAGAGAUGCAUGGAUUAUGAGUGAAUGUGGGCAAGUCAGCCGCAGUGAACUUGGGACAUGCAGCCACUGGCUACCGUUCAGGCCGAAAUCUCCUUUACAUACUACUACACGUUCAGACAAACUGGACUAGUUUUAAGCUACAAGCAGUAUCUGGAUUUCAGCUGUUUUCCAUGAAGACUUACUCUUGAGGUUAUGGGAGUGGUGAAUCACUGCUGAAUUCAAGAAAUUGAGACAUGAAAUCAGAAACGAAACCUGAAAUGAAUCAGUUCAUGUUUAAACAUGCCGGGGCCUUUCUGGCUGAGUUUAUUUGGUCUGCUUUUAGGUGGAAAGGUGGCUGCUGGAGCAGGCUGAUCUGCCAUAAGAUGCCAGUCAGCGGGAUGUGAGGGAAUUAAGGGAAAUGUUUACAGCAUGGCUUAAGCAGCAGCCUUGACUGGGCCUCUGAGGGGUGAGUCUGUGUGAGUCAGAGUGGGUGACACACUUCCAGCCCCGUCCACCGCAGCAAUUAACAUUUCAGCAGAAUAAGCGAGAGCGAUCCCCCAGGGAUGCUCACUGUAGGUGGCUGUUUUGCCUGAAUGUUUUUUUUUAAUUAGCUCCCAGAAUCCAUUGCUGCUGCAUGCAUACAGGAACAAAGACGAUUUCCGUGAUCAGUGAUGCUCCCCUUCCCCAAACAUGGAACAAGUGAAAUUCCUCUGUACAAAAAUUAUAUAUAAUGUUAUAUAUACAUAACCUGUGUAAAUGAAACCAGCUGGAAAAAAGUACAGCUUCCCAGACAAUAACACCAAUCAUCAGCUUAAUGGGAAGAAAAAAAUAAGCAUAUUUAAAAGCCAAAAACUGUACAUUUCUCUCCAAUGUACACUACAAUGUCAAUAAGAGCAGUCUAUUGAAAACUGUAGUAUCUGUAUAAUAAAACUUAUAGAAAACUGAA